AUGGAUAACACCGUUGCUUCUGUGGUCCUCGAAGCUACACAGAGUAUGGAUGAGGAGGUCGAGACAUUCGAUGCAAAAGAGGCUAAUGGCCGUAUCGAUGGGUUGUGCAUCAGUAAGGAUGGUGACUCUCGUUCUUCGAAUGGUAACGUACUCUCAAGCUGA